ACUCGGCAAACGGACGACCGACGACGAGCAUGAAAGAGGGGUGCUUGAGGUGCUGCUCCGGUCUGUCCGCGGCAGGCGUGAUAUACCUGUCUCUGAUGUCGAUCAUGCUCAGCAAGCAGCCAGAGUAUAUACGAGGUCUCCACCACCACGACAAGCACGACCUGCAUUCGAGCUGCGCAGUCGCCGCCGUGAUGUACGCGCUGUGCUUGGGUGGAUGCGUGUAUGCGCUGCGGGCGCACAACGAAUCCAAGCACUUGCGCUACGGGGUCAAGGUCGUGUCAUCGAGCGACGAGUGCGACCCUCUCAAGAAGAGCUCGGACGAAGACGACGGCACCGACUUAAAGGUCCGCGGCGCGGUCAGCGGCGGCGUCAUCUCAGCCAUUAAGACCCAGCUCAUGAAAGCAAAGGUCAUGCACAGCGACGAAAUGCACAGUUUAGUCGAAAGCGACGGCAGCUCGAGCCCGCGCAAGCCCAAGCCACGAAAGGGCGAUUGAUCCACUCACUUUUUUAAACGACCCUGUUUCCAACAUAAUCCCAACUUCAGUCCAUGCCGAUUGUGUUGGACCAAGCACAGACGACUCCGACCUGGGCGAAGUCGCCCAUCAAUAAAUCCCCCCAUCUCCGAGCAGCACACUUGGUUUGGGGUGAUUAAUACUCUCGGCGCUGGCGACUAUCGCAGCGUUUUCUGACGUGAA